AUGGCUGCGGCAGCAGCCGUGGCACCGCCGACUCACGUGGUGCACCAUGACGCCAGCCGAGCGGGCGUCUCGACCACUGCCUUGGGCGUCUGCGCGGCGCGUGCCUGGGAGUCAAGCAAGCCCGAGGAGCAGCGGCUCUUCCACGACCCCUUCGCCGCCAUCAUCUGCGGCAGUGACAACUUGGAGCUUCCACUCAUGGAUGAAGUGGGCCGAAGCAAAGACUUCUGGAUGGACUUCAUUGCGGCCAGGACCCGCUGGAUCGAUGAGCAGGUGGCAGGUGCAGGGCAGCUGGUGAUCCUGGGCGCGGGCCUGGAUACCCGCGCCUAUCGCCUGGAGUCCUUGAAGGGGAUCCCAGUCUUCGAGGUGGACUUUCCAGAGGUGCUGACGGCGAAGGCGCAGCUUCUGUCUGGACACCAGCCACUCGCCAAGCUGACCAAUGUCACCGCAAAUCUCACCCUGAACAGCUGGGACGCUGACUUGCACACUGCAGGGAUGCAGCCGAUACCAACCAUGUGGCUGCUUGAGGGCACCUUCUUCCGCAAAUUGCGAUGCCUGACGGGCUACUUGACGGAGCCUGAACUCGAGGGACUUCUCAGCCAACUCUCCCGGCUAGCGGACUCGCAGACCAAGAUGACCGUCACCUUCGUGGGUAAGGGCAUGGAGGAGAAUGUCACCUCUAUGCAUCGCUACCUCGUGACCGGCGCAGAUGAGAUUGCGGGGCUGCUCGGGAAGUUCGGCUGGCAGUGUGAGGUCCACUCCGUGGGAGAGAUCGCUCGCCGCUAUGGGCGAGGUACUGAUUUCAACGCUUUACAUUUGACCACCAACUGCCAAUGCUGUGCAUUCGAGCACAAACUGUUGGCAACACAUCGGCCUCUUCCAAUGCUUGACAUUCGAGCACAAGCUGUGGUGGGCAGCAAAUCGUUCUUCUUCCAAUGCUUUACCAUCGAGCACAAGCACUGGGCAGCACUUGCCGUUUCUUCCAAUGCUUUACAUUCUGCGAGCAGUGAAUCGUACUCCCUCCAAUGCUUCACACUCGCACAAACGGAGGGCCACGAAUCGUACUUCUUCCAAUGCUUUUUAAAUCGAGCAACAAGUGUUGGCAACAAAUGGUACUUCUUCCAAUGCUUUGCGUUUGGCCACAAAGUGUGGUUCGAUGCGAACACUUGCGUUAUCCAUCUUCUGCCUGGCGAUUUCAACGCCUAUCCAGCCCUGGAAGACGCCAAGGCGCUGGCGGCCAGGAUGCUUGUGCAGAGGUUCUCCUUCGACCGGGUGACCUACCACACCCUCAUCUCCCUCUUCAGCAAAGCUGGCUGCCCCAAGGAAGCCUGUGAGAUUCUGGAGUCCAUGCGGGCUGCCAGCUUGCAGACUGGACUCCCCGGAUAUAAUGCUGCCAUCCGCUCCUUGUCAUGUGACGAUGCUGCGAGCACGCUCCCGAGCUGCUGGCAGAGAGCAGCGUAUCUACUCAGGCUGAUGGCCAGCGACGCCGUGCAGCCCGACAAGGGCAGCUUCAACGCGCUCCUCAGCGUGUAUGGCAGCGCUGCCAAGUGGGCCUCAGCCCUCCAGACAGUUCAGGCCAUGUGUCAGGCGCCCUGGGUCUCGCCCGACGUGAUCACCUGGAGCUCGGCAGUGGAUGCAUGUGGGCGGAGUUCUCGCUGGGAGGCGGCUUCUCAGCUUAUGCGCAGCAUGAGGCGCCUGCGUCUCCAAGCCAACAUCGUCGUUUGGGGUGCUCUCAUCAAGGCGUACGACCGAGCUAGCUGCUGGGAGCGAGCUGUUGGCCUGGUCAUGCGGAUGAUGGGCCGCGAGAGGGGCGGCCGCCAGCGGUCCAUGCUUCCAAGGCCCAACACCGUGGCACUGACCAGCGCGGCCAGCGCUUGCGCCAAGGGCCAAGCCUGGCGUCACGCGCUCGCAUUGCUGCUAACCGCGCAAAGGUGGCAUCUCCGGCCGAGCCUGGCGGCCUUCAACACCGCCCUCAGCGCGUGCGCGGGCAGCAAACACUGGCGGCAAGCCAUGGCUGGGCUUGGAAGCCUCGGCGCUUCUGCUGACUUGGUCACGCGGAACGUCGUCCUGGCUGCGUUGGAGUUCUCCCAGAGAUGGGAGCUGGCCCUGGCCCUGGUGAUGUCCAUGGCGCAGGAGGGCUUUCAGCCGGACAUUUUCAGCUUCAACAGCCUCCUGAGCACCUGCGAGAAGGCCACACAAUGGGAGCGUGCCCUGAUGCUGCUGUCUCGCAUGCUCGAUCUUCUCGUAGUGCCGGAUGACAUCAGCCGCAAUGUGGCUGGACAGGUGGGUUUGACCGGGCCUUCAAACAGCGAGCCCGGGAACCUGGUUGCGCAGGGUCUGCCCAGCAGACCUCUUGCGGCGACUGCCGGCCUGGCAGGGCCCAUGUCGGCGGACUGCCUCGAAGGCAUGGCCAUGGCAUCCGCCUCGUUGUCCUGGAGUGCUGCUGCCUCAGUCGAACUGUGCCUUCGGCUGGUCGAAGGUGCUUCGGUCUGGGAUGGUGAGUUGCUCCUACUCCCGAUGGACGAGGAUCCAAGCGCUUUUGCUUUGGCGGCCUGGCUCCAAGUCGAUCUUCGGCAGGAUGGUGGCGCCCUCGCCGCCUGGCCCGGGGAGCUGGUCAGACCGGCGACAGCGGCAACAGACUCACGUGACAAAAUCCACCGGCGUCAAGAGUGA